AUGCAGGCAGCCUUCGGAAGAGCGCUUUCGGCAAUUCAGGCUGUCAAGGGUAGGGCUCUCGCCAAGAACUGCUCCAUCGAUCCGCUCGCCGAGAAGCCGUUCAAGUACAUGACGGAUGCUGCCUACGAAGAGUGGAAGAACGUGAUGAACGGCCAUCCGUCGGAGCCGAAGUUCACGAAUCCGGUUCUCUGGGGAGGAGAGCCGCCAGUUUGA